ACAGACAAGAGAGGGCCACUUUGACUUUUGGACCCUCGGUGGUGAUGCGAUAAGUAUUCAAGCAUUGGCACCACUUUUCUGCAAUGUUUGCGGUCCCGUGAAUGCUGUAGUAGUCUUAGCUGCGAGUGUUUUCCCAGCUGGAGGGAACUGCUCUGAAAGUUGACCUUGGGCGAGCCCUAAGUCUGUUAUCAACGUUUGUUUUUUUUCCGGGACCGGGUGCAGUUCUUCAGCUAAAGUGCGUGCUGAAAAGUUUCUGCAGCUUUGUUUCGUUUUUGCCUAAGUUGCGGAAUGGCGGACGGAGAGGAGCUGCUAAAUGCGGCGGAGUUUAUAAAAGAUCGGCUGUAUUUUGCUAUUCUUCGACAUAAACCCAAAAACUCAGCGAAUACGCACUAUUUUAGCGUUGAUGAUGAGCUUGUGUAUGAAAACUUCUAUGCAGAUUUUGGACCUCUGAACAUGGCCAUGUUAUACAGAUACUGCUGCAAAUUAAACAAAAAAAUAAAGUCGUUUACCAUGGGAAGGAAGAAAAUAGUUCAUUACACAGGUUGUGAUCAGAAGAAACUAGCAAAUGCAGCAGUCCUAAUUGGAUCCUUUUCGGUAAUUUACUUAAAAAUAUCUCCAGAGGAAACCUACAGACUGUUGAUAGGGGGAAAUAACACAUACCAACCUUUUAGGGAUGCUUCAUUUGGCACAUGUACAUAUAACUUAACAGUUCUGGACUGUUUACAUGCAGUUAGUAAGGCUCUGCAGUAUAACUUCUUCAAUUUUAAUACAUUUGAUGUGGAUGAAUAUGAACAUUAUGAGAGGGCAGAGAAUGGAGAUUUUAACUGGAUAAUCCCCAGCAAGUUUUUAGCCUUUAGCGGGCCACAUCCAAAGAGCAAAAUAGAAAAUGGUUAUCCUCUGCAUGCACCCGAGGCCUAUUUUCAGUACUUCCGAAAGCACAACAUCACCACUAUUAUCCGUUUAAACAAGAAAAUGUAUGAUGCCAAGCGAUUCACAGAUGCUCGUUUUGAACAUUAUGAUCUCUUCUUUGUGGAUGGAAGUACACCUAGUGAUACAAUAGUCAAGAAGUUCUUGAAUAUCUGUGAAAAUGCAAAGGGUGUCGUUGCUGUGCACUGUAAAGCUGGCUUAGGCCGAACUGGUACUCUUAUAGCAUGUUAUAUCAUGAAACACUACAAACUAACAGCUGCAGAAGCCAUUGCUUGGAUUAGAAUUUGUAGACCAGGAUCGGUUAUAGGACCUCAACAGCACUUUUUAGAAGAGAAACAAGCAAGUCUAUGGGCCGAAGGUGACCUUUACCGUGCAAAAUUAAAAGAUCAGCAGAAUGGAAAGGACAAGGUCGGAGUUACCCGGAUCCUUUCUGGGGUUGAUGAUAUUUCUAUUAAUGAUAAUCAAAACAUGACAAUUGAUCAACAAGAAUGUUAUAUGUACAAUGAUAGUGAUGAUCAUUGCACUAAUAAAAAUGAACUUACCCAAGGGGAUAAACUUCGGGUAUUGAAGAGUAGAAGACCAGCUAGAGCUGUAACCGUUGGAUCCAUAAAAUUGGAAGAAAACACAAUGCACACAAGGUCAUCAUCGCAGGCACUCAGGAUAAUACUGCAGUCUAGCACACAGAGUUGCAAGCCUUCUAAUCCGUGUGCUGCUCCUGGCAUAAGCCCUAUGGGCAAACGGACAACCAGAUCCAUGGCUGCAAACAAUAGUCUGAGAGCAGCACCCCUACACAUCACCAGAAGAAUCCUUCAAAAUCAUAGUAUUGACCUUGAACUCCACGUCCACAACAUAACAAGUAAUGGUGAUAAUGGAUCUCUGCAACUUGGUGUACUAAAAGGAACUGUAAGGAACAUUUUAAUGUGAGUGUCUACCCUCCUGUUGCACAACGUAUUGUACCUGAUCUGUGAAGCAGAAGGCGAGCCUUUAAACACCAUCUUAUAGCCAAAGUAGAAAGCACAACAAAAUAGUUGUGGUGAGUGAAAACUACAAGCCAUUUUAUCAUUUUCCAGAUAAGUGAUCAUGAAGGAAUUAGAUACUGAAAAAAGUUUGAAAUUAGUUUAAAUUGAAUCAAACUUCUGACUUUGAAAGUUGCUAUUUUGAUCAGUUUGUGAAUUGAGUAUUCUGAUAUCAGGUGGCCACUCCUGCAACUCUAAAUCUCAUUAGUUGAAGUAGUUUUCUACUUGUGUUAAAUGCUUUAAAAAGCCAUCUUCUAUGCAUUUGAAAAUAAAACCUGCAAUGUUGUUAUUGAUGAGAAUGCAAAAUACCCCAAGCAAGAAGUGACCUUCUACACAAGGCACUGUCCAUAGCAAACAAAAUCUUAACUUUUAUAUCUGAGAGUUGUAAACUACUUUAAAGUCACUACGUUAUUUAAUGAGCAGAAUAUGUAAUGAGUGGGUACUAAGAUUAUUUCAUAUAAACUAAACAUACCAUUAAUUCAUUCUUUUAAAAUGAAUGGUUAUUAAUUUUCAAAAACAUUGUUUAAGGAAACUUAAAAGCCAAGUGACCUUGUAUUUAGACAGAUGUUCUACCUGUUAUGGUAGAGUUGACUUGGAGCAGUAAGAGUGCUGUUGUCUGUUGGAAAGAAAUUGAAAAUCUGACCCAAAUUGGGUUAGAAGUAUAAUAUUUUUAUAUGCAUGAAUGAGUUGUAUUUUCAGUUUUUGAAGUGAAUGUCUUCAAGAAUGGAUUUUUAGCUAUACAGUUAGUGCUGUGGAUUGGAUAUGUGCACUUGUUUGGUACAGUACUGUAAGAUGAAACUUUUGUAACUUGCUACAAAUUUGUAUAUUCAUGUUAAAGCAUACAGUACUGCACAAUUAGGAGUUUAAAAUUGAUUGGAUAAUUUGCAUUUGCUUCUGUUAAAGUCUAGACUGGAAUCUGAUCCAGUAUAACUGGUGUACUUUAAUUUGUGUGAAGGGUAUUUUUUUAAUGAUGGAAUUGUAUCUUUUCUGUGGUUUAACCUGUUAAUGUUUAAUUCAUUGCAAUGCAAAGCUGGAAUUGAUUAUAUAUAUAUAUUAGUAGAUAUUAAAAAAACUUAAUUUUGUACAGAAAUGUAUGGUAUGCAGUAUAUAAACCUUUUGACAGGAAAUAAACAUAGCAUUUU